GUUCCUGGUUGUCCAGCAGGAACUGAGAGCAAGGGUCAGGAGGUGAGAAGUCCAAGGACAGUUGACACUCAGAGUGAACCCUUAGAUAUGAAAGAGCCAGAUGAAGAAAAGAAUGACCAACAGGGAGAGAGGCAUUGGACUCAUCGCAGAGGAAGAAAAAGAACAAGAAAAAGAGAAGAAGAAAAAAUCCCCAGUACCCACAGAAACCCUUAAAGAUGUUAAAAAAAAGAAUUAACUUAUCAGAACACGGAUUUAAGUGAAAUGAAGGAAGAGCAGGUAAAGUCUACUGACAGAAAGUCAGCAGUGGAAGCCCAAAACGAGGUGACUGAAAAUGCAAAACAGAAAAUUGCAGCAGAAAGCGGUGAAAAUGUUGAUUGUCCAGAGAAUCCUAAAAUUAAGUUGGAUGGAAAACUUGACCAAGAAGGCAAUGAUGUAAAAACAGCAGCUGAUAGACACACAUUAGAUUUUGAGGAUGUCACAGUUCAAUCAUCAGGCCCGAGGGUUGGUGGUGAAGAAUUACGUGAAGAUGUUGCAAAAGAUAAUGCUAAAAUAGAUGGUGCCACUCAAAGCAGUCUUGAAGAACCAGAGAGUGAAGAUGCAGAUGGCUGCACCCUGCCCAAAAAUGAAAGUCCCUCACAGGACAUUAGUGAUGCCUGUGAAGCAGAAAGUACAGAGAGGUGUGGGAUGUCAGAACAUCCAAGUCAGACUGUCAGGAAAGCUUUAGAUAGCAAUAGCCUAAAAAACGAUGACUUGUUGGCACCAGGAGGAGAGCUGGGGGACUUCAAUCCAGAAAGCAGAGAAGAUACCAGAAGAGGGAACGAGAAAGGCAAAAGCAAAGAAGACUGUACCAUGUCCUAAGCUGAGCCAGGAGGCAGGCGUGGUGCACAGGAAGUCUGAGUGUGAGGUGCUUUUUUCUUUCCACUGCCAAUGACAGCCUUUCCUGCCUCAGGGAAGAAGAGAGAGACAGACUACAGUGAUGGAGACCCAUUAGAUGUGCACAAGAGGCUGCCAUCCAGUGCUGGAGAGGACCGAGCCAUGGUGCUGGGGUUUGCCAUGAUGGGCUUCUCAGUCCUAAUGUUCUUCUUGCUUGGAACAACCAUUCUAAAGCCUUUUAUGCUCAGCAUUCAGAGAGAAGAAUCAACCUGCACUGCCAUCCACACAGGUAUCAUGGACGACUGGCUGGACUGUGCCUUCACCUGUGGUGUGCACUGCCGCGGUCAGGGGAAGUACCCGUGUCUUCGGGUGUUUGUGAACCUCACGCAUUCAGGUCAGAAAGCUCUCCUACGUUAUAAUGAAGAGGCUGUCCAGAUAAAUCCCAAGUGCUUUUACACACCUAAGUGCCACCAAGAUAGAAAUGAUUUGCUCAACAGUGCUCUGGACAUAAAGCAAUUCUUCGAUCUCAAAAAUGGAACCCCCUUUUCAUGCUUCUACAGUCCAGCCAGCCAAUUUGAAGAUGUCAUUCUUUUAAAAAAGUAUGACCACAUGGCUAUCUUCCACUGUUUAUUUUGGCCUUCACUGACUCUGGUAGGUGGUGCCCUGAUUGUUGGCAUGGUGAGAUUAACACAACACCUGUCCUUACUGUGUGAAAAAUAUAGCACUGUAGUCAGAGAUGAGGUAAGUGGAAAAGUACCUUAUAUAGAACAGCAUCAGUUCAAACUGUGGAGUAUGAGGAGGAGCAAAGGAAGGAGGCAGAGAAAUCUUAAGACGGUAGCCAAAUUAAAGUGCCGGCCUUCAGAUGUCUGUGAUUUCUGCACCCGAGGACCUAAUUAUGCCUGUCUGCAAACUAACAAUGUAAAAGGUAAUAAUUAAAGCUAAGUAUCAUAUUUUCAUGUGGGAAAAAAUUUAAAA